GUUUGUUGUUGUUGUAGUGUUUCCUGUUCUCAUAGACCUCUAUGGUCCCAGCUGUCUGCAUGUAUCGAGCCUGUCCUCCCGCUCCGGAUGAAGAUUAACAGGUAUGCCAAAGGAAAAAUAUGAUCCUCCAGAUCCCCGCAGAUGUUACACCAUCAUGCCAGCGGAGGAGGCGGCCAACGGGAAGAAGUCUUACUGGGCCGAGCUCGAGAUCUCCGGUCGUGUAAGGAGCCUGAGCAGCUCGUUAUGGACGCUCACCCACCUGACAGCGCUGCACAUCAACGACAACAACCUGAGCCGCAUCCCGCCGGACAUCGCCAAGCUGCCCAACCUGGUCUACCUGAACCUGUCGUCCAAUAAGCUCCGCAGCCUGCCGGCCGAACUGGGCAACAUGGUCUCUCUCAGGGAAUUGCUUUUAAACAACAAUCUUUUACGAGUUCUGCCUUAUGAACUUGGGAGGCUUUUCCAGUUACAAACCUUGGGGCUAAAAGGAAACCCUUUGUCCCAAGACAUCCUCAACCUGUACCAGGAGCCGGACGGAACCAGGAAGCUUUUGAACUACAUGCUCGACAAUCUAGCAGUUCACCCAGAGCAGCUCCCCCAGAGACCCUGGAUCACUCUGAAAGAGCGAGACCAAAUGAGUCCAACAGCUGUGUUCACCGUCAUGUGCUACAACGUGCUGUGUGAUAAGUACGCCACGCGGCAGCUCUACGGAUACUGUCCGUCCUGGGCCCUCAACUGGGAAUACCGCAAGAAAGGCAUCAUGGAGGAGAUCACCAGCUGUGACGCCGACAUCAUCAGCCUGCAGGAGGUGGAGACGGAGCAGUACUACUCCUUGUUCCUGGAGACUCUGCAGCAGCGCGGCUAUGACGGAUACUUCUGCCCAAAGUCUCGAGCCAAACUGGUUUCAGAGCAGGAGAGGAAACACGUGGACGGCUGCGCUGUCUUCUUCAAGACCCACAAGUUCACUCUGGUCCAGAAACACACGGUGGAGUUCAACCAGGUGGCCAUGGCCAACUCUGAGGGGUCAGAGGUCAUGCUGAACAGAGUGAUGACCAAAGACAACAUCGGGGUGGCCGUGCUGCUGGAGGUCAACAAGGACUUGUUCUCUGAUGGCAUGAAGCCAACUCAGGAGAGGCAGCUGAUCCUGGUGGCCAACGCCCACAUGCACUGGGACCCCGAGUACUCGGACGUCAAGCUGAUCCAGACCAUGAUGUUCCUGUCGGAGCUGAAGAGCAUCGCUGAGAGGGCCUCGGGCUCCACGGCGACCGGUUCGCCCGCCGCCAACCCGUCCUCCAUCCCCAUCGUCCUGUGUGCUGACCUCAACUCGCUGCCCGACUCCGGUGUGGUGGAAUACCUGAGCAACGGAGGAGUGGCCGAGAACCACAAGGACUUUAAAGAGCUACGCUACAACGAAUGUUUGACCAACUUCAGCUGCAACGGCAAGAACGGCAACUCAGACGGGAGCAUCACACACAGCUUCCAGCUGAAGAGCGCCUACGACAGCAAUCUGAUGCCUUACACCAACUACACGUACGACUUUAAGGGCGUUAUCGACUACAUCUUCUUCUCUAAGACCCACAUGAGUGUCCUGGGCCUGCUGGGACCCCUGGACAGCCAGUGGCUGGUGGACAACAGCAUCACCGGCUGCCCCCACCCCCACAUCCCCUCGGACCACUUCUCCCUGCUGGCCCAGCUGGAGCUGCAGCCUCCCUCGGCCCACCAACUCAACAACCCCCUCAACGGGCUGCACCUGCCGGUCCACAGGUAGUGCAGCCUGAGAGACAAAACACUGUCCGGUCCCCCUCCUCAGCCCUCCAUCUUUAUACAGGACCCUGUACAGUCCACCCAUCAUGUUAGAACUCAGACACCAUCCGACCCUCCGACCCUGAGGCACACCUACUCUAAAGGAGUGAAGUAUUCGCCCCUUUGUUGCUCCGUUUUCUGUUUGGUUGUUUUGCACACUGUAAAUGUUUAUUUUAAUACUUUUUUUUUCUCCCCUUAAAAAAGGCUUGAUACCAAAUGUUGGGCUUGGGGUAGUGAGGUUGCCGUGGCAACCCCCCCAAUGUUACUUGUUCUCUUGGGGUAGUGAGGUUGCCGUGGCAACCCCCCAAUGCCACUUGUUCUCUUGGGGGUAGUGAGGUUGCCACGGUAACCCCCCAAUGCCACUUGUUCUCUUGGGGGUAGUGAGGUUGCCGCGGCAACCCCCCCAAUGUUACUUGUUCUCUUGGGAUAGUGAGGUUGCCGCAGUAACCCCCCAAUGCCACUUGUUCUCUUGGGGUAGUGAGGUUGCCAUGGCAACCCCCCAAUGUCACUUGUUUUCCUUUUCUGCCUUAGAUAUGAUCAACAAACCUUAACUCAUAAUAAUAAUAAUAAUAAUAAUAAUAAUAUCCACUUUUUAAAAAGAGAAACGACACAAACUGCAGUGAUUAGCUGGAUUUCAACUCCCAAAUGAACUGACAUGUAUUUAAUUUAAUUUAAUUUAAUUUAAUGGAAGGAGAAACACUACGAGUUAGGAAUGUUUACCACCAUGUCACAGACUUGUUUACAGCUGUAGUUUUUGUAAACACAAGUCCAUAUUUUCAAAUAUGAUCGACCGGGAAACACCAAAAUACUUUAAUAUUAAAUGUGGAGAAGACGGGUGCUAUUUUAAAGAUUAAAAAGUACUGAUUGGAUGAUUUUAAAGUAAUCUAAGGACAUUGUGAGACUAAACUGGUGCGUUUCAUGUGUGAAAUAUGAAAUAUGAAAUCAUGUCGUGUAAGCUACUUGUGAAUCACUAAAUAGGACAGAUGAUAUUGAUGAUGAAUUGUUUUAGCAGGCUUUCACAUAGACACUUAUCAGGUCAAACUUUUUCUCAUCACAUUUCCGUAUAAUUUGGGAUUAAGUCACCUGACUCAGGUAACGACCUGUAAGUCGCCUUGCAGCGCUGCGUGAAUGUCACUGAGCUGCUGCGUUCACUUCUACCAAGUUUUUCUUCAAUAAUCCCUCUUUGAUCAUUGCUAAAUAUUUUACAUAAUGCUCACUGAAGUUCAGAAAACGCUCAGUACGAGUAGAAAACUACCACAGAAUAAUCAGGCCAAAGGAGCUGAAAUCCUAAAAAAUGAUCCUAAAUCCGAAAAAAAUCCAAACUCUUUGACUUGCUUAGUCGAUUAGUCGAUUCUUACAUCAAUUAGUUGUUUGGUGAAUAAACUGUAUAAAAAUAUCAAUGAGUGUUCCCAAACCACAAGAUGACGUCCUCAAAUCUCUUGUUUUGUCCACAAACCAAAGAGAUAUUCAGUUUAUUGUCAUAAAGGAACAAAGAAACCAGAAAUAUUGAGCUGAAAUCAGAGAAUUUGGACUUAUUGUCUUAAAAAAAAAAAGCUGCUCAACCCAAUUAUUGGAUUAUCAAAAUAGUUGACGAUUCAUUUAAUAAUCUGUUAUUGUUUGAUUAAUCUAAUAAUUGUUUCAGCUCUACUGUGAAUAAAAGACGUGGAAUAUGUUGGCAACAAAUCGUGACGUUGACCAACAAUCCGUUUAUACUUCUAGCUUUAAAACACGUCUGGUCUUAAAGAGUGUCGUCCUGGUUCCCCAAAGAGUAUCCCCACAACCGAUGACUUUCACUCUGUCGACAUUAAGAUCAUAUUUAUUUAUUGGUGCCAGAAAAACAACAACUUCCUGAGCAGAAUGUGCCAAUGACUGGUGAGCAGGAGCUGAAUGUAUUUACCAAAGGCUCGCUCUGAAUCUGCUCUGAGCCUGUAACGCUCCUGUGGACUUUGUAUUAUAUUUGUGUGAGAUGAUUAGAAGUAAAAGCCCUUUCUGUUAGGUGUACCUCAGGGCGAAGCUAUGCAUCCAACAGUACCUCUCAAACUGAAGACUCCCAGAGUCCUAAGACCUAAAACCAAACAGGAAGCUAUUGGUUUAAAAGACUUUAUAAAGCACAGGUAAUGUAUGUUGUUGUUGUUGUUGUACAAGUCCCACGUCUUGGUACAUUUUUUGAUAAAACUGCUGCUGCACUUUUGCUCCAUUGCCCAAAAAUAAUAACUUGGGAAAUUUAGUCUAAAUUGUUUAAAUGUGAAAAGGUGCAAAAAGAAUUCUGAUAAAUUUGGUUUAGACACUUUUUAAAACCAUCGUCAGUAGGUUUAAUUGGAAGUCAGACCAAACAUUAAAAAUACACAUUUUUAGCACCUGUAGUGCUAUUUAUCAAUCUAAAUAUUGAUUGAUAAAUACCACUGCACAUGUUUGAUUUGGCUCAAUAUUAAUGUGGGAAUAAUAGGAUAAACAACAGGCGAGGACUGGCUAUCAAAACUCCAGUUUUAGUACCAAUAAAAAAUGUAUUUCAAGAUUUUGAGAAGUUCUUUUUUUAUUUUAUGAAAAAGGCCCCAUAGGGGUCAAUGGGGACCUCCCAUUGUUUAAACCAGUGGCUCCAGACGUGGAGUCAGGAUUCAUUCACAGGGGAGCAAACAAGACAAAUCUUUCUGUUUUGUCACCUUUAUUUUUCUGAUCUUUGCAUUUAUUUUGUCCCUCCUCAAUAGUUGGCAUCAGAUGUCAGUUACAUUUUAACCCUUUAACCUCCUUUUGUAUCCAUUUAGUAAUUGUAAAACAAAAACAAAAAAAUUACAAACCACAUUCUCUGACAAUGGUAAAAAUAUUACUAUACCAGCUUUUUCAUUUAGUUAAAAAUGGAAUUAGUUGUUAUAGUCAUGAUUUCCACAUAUUUAUUCUAUAUAAUUACCAUAUUUACUGGUCUCAGAAAGUGACAAAAACUACAUACUUAAUUAAUUAUUUCAGCAUAUUUAUGAUGGAAUAACAUUAAAUGUUUCAUAUUUACAGCAAUGAAUGAUGAAGUUAUGAUUUCAUAGCACAUAAUUCAUUAUAAUGACAUUAGCUUAAUACCGCUAAGCUAACCAUAAAGCGCCAAAUCAACCGUUUGGUUGAGAUAGUUUUUAAAAAAUGAUUAUACAUUCAUUACAGUUUUUUUGUGGAAUCAUUUAACAUUAUUCUGUUCAGUAAGGUGUCUAACAGGAGGAUAUGUAAAAAAAAUUUACCUACCUUUCAAAAUUUCGUUAAAAACAGAACAAAUGUCUGGAGUGAUUUUCUUGUUUCUGAUUUCCUGGUUGGAGGCGGGGCUAACAGGCAUUUAACUAUUUAAAGACACAGAGACAUCCAGCAGAUUUAUUUAGAAAAACAAACCUCAUUGGUUACUCUAAAUGUGCUCUACCAUGUGGUUGAGCAGGCAGUUAAAGGGUUAAAAAGAAAAUGACGUGUUAAAUUGGCCAAAUCUUUUGUUCAAAUUUAGAAUAAUCAGGUUAGAGACUCAGUUGAAACAGUUUCCAUGCCAGUUUUCGUACUUUAUCCGACAUGUCGCUGUACUUUGACACUUCUCGAUUGGUGGAAAAAGUAAAUAUUGAGGUUUGACAGCCAGCCCUACCUCUGCAGGGACUCUAUAUAAUAAUAAUAAUAAUAUAAUAUAUAAUAGUAAUAGCUACCUGCACAUGCACUCAGUGUUUAACAGAUCCGGCACAUUUCACACUGUAGUGUCCAGUAAACUCUUUGAAUUUAGUGAAAUUAGUCAAAGCUUUUGCUCUGUUCAGUAUUUGAAAAGAAAAGCCAUAAUUCUGGGAUGAAUGCUGUCGGCACAACAUGGCACCCUGAAACCUUUAAAGCUUUAAACCGGAUCAGUCCAGUAUCGGCACCCUGAAACCUUUAAAGC